UUUAUGGAGACACUGGUGACCACAUAACUACAGAAGCCAUCUGUUGAUAUGCCUCUGUGCUGUGCUUGCAGUCUAGACCCUCUCAGAUGGAUGAGCUCUAUGAAGCCAAUGGCUCUUUUGCCAUCAGCCUGUUAAAAAUAUUGGGUGAAGAAGACAAGUCACAGAACCUUUUCUUCUGCCCCCUGAGUAUCAGUGCUGCCCUGGCCAUGGUCUACCUUGGAGCCAAAGGAGCUACCGCUGCCCAGAUGUCCCAGCUACUCGGUUUGAGCAGAGUUGAAGAUGUUCACUCACAUUUCCAGACACUUCUCGCUGAAGUUAACAAAACUGACACUCAGUACUUGUUAAAAAGUGCCUGCCGACUCUUUGGAGAAGAAUCAUGUGAUUUCCUUCCGACUUUCAAGGAAUUCUGCCAGAAGUUCUAUCAGGCAGGGCUAGAAGAGCUGCCCUUUGUUAAAGACGCUGAAAGGUGCAGGAAACACAUCAAUGACUGGGUAACAGAAAAGACUGAAGGGAAAAUUUCCGAAGUUCUCAGUCCUGGAACAGUCUGCCCACUAACUAAGCUGGUUCUUGUGAAUGCCAUGUACUUCAAAGGGAAGUGGAAGUCUCAGUUUGACAGAAAAUACACAAGGGGCAUGCUCUUUAAAACUAACCAGGAGAAAAAAACAGUGCAGAUGAUGUUCAAGCAUGCUAAAUUUAAGAUGGGACAUGUGGAUGAGGUGAAUAUGCAGGUCCUGGUUCUUCCCUAUGGAGAGGAGGAUGUGAACAUGGUCAUUCUGCUUCCUGAUGAAAACACUGACCUCAGUGUGGUGGAAAGAGCACUUACAUAUGAGAAGCUCCGAGCCUGGAUAAACUCAGAAAACAUGACAGAAAGUAAAGUUCAAGUUUUCUUCCCCAGAUUAAAGCUGGAGGAGAGUUACAACCUAGAAUCUUUUCUUCAGCGUAUGGGAAUGACAGAUGCCUUUGAGGAAACAAAAGCAGACUUUUCUGGAAUGACAACUAAGAAGAAUGUGCCUGUGUCCAAGAUCACCCACAAGUGCUUUGUAGAAGUCAAUGAAGAAGGCACUGAAGCAGCUGCCACCACUGCAGUGGUCAGGAAUGCCCGGUGCUGUAGAGUAGAACCAAGGUUUUGUGUUGACCACCCAUUCCUCUUCUUUAUCUGCCACGACAAAAUCAGCACCAUCUUGUUCUGUGGCAGGGUCACUUCUCCAUAAAGGCAUAUGGGCCGAGGCUGCCGCUCAGUUGGCAGAGUGCUGGCAUAACACUCACAAGGCUGUGGGUUCAACCUGAGGCACCUUAUAGAACUAGGCAUGAUGGUGCCCACCUGAUAC